ACAUGUCUUGACCAUCACUCAACACUGCGAUAUCCCAACCUACCACUGAGGCUAAACGGAUGUUUCUCGACGGAUCCAAAACAUCGAGAGCACUUGCAGAUUCGCUACCAGCUUCAUCAAAACUGCCCAAACCCUCGCAUUCGCCUCUCUCCGUUGUCGAAUCGCUGAUUUCCAGGUUGUUUGCCCACAGCUGGAAAUACCCUCACCCAUGGCCUGGGCCUGCCAAUGAAGAAACUUUUCUCCAGAUUCCAUCUCCGUGCACGGUCGAACUGGUCGUGCUUGCAACUGACUGCCGCCCCCCGACCCGUCAUGCCGGCCACUCACGCCCGCAGGUCUGGUUAUCAGAUGUCGGGUAUGGAACAUGUAGUUGACUGAUGUCUGCCAGCGGCAUCUAGAAGACUGGGAGCCUUCGACCUGUUGACCAACAGGAUCACACGCCUUGUUAUUACACCACAACCAUUAUCUGGCACGACAGACACAGUUCUUUGGGGUACCAACAGUCAGUCGGUAUGUCGUCCGGUGUGGUGCGCCGCCUCGAGGCCACCUCACGGACACGCGGCCGGGUCUCGAUCUACGCACCAGGCCAAGACAGGAGAGAAACCCCCCAGAAAAAGUCAGAAACUUGAGAUCCGGAUCGCCGAUGCCAAAACGGCGCCCGUUGCUCGAUGUGGUCUUGCCAAACAUGCUCUGCCAUGAUCUCCACUGGGAAUCCUGGGCCAGGUUGCGAAUCGGUUUCCUCUCACGCUCACAGCGGCUACUGCAACUCUCAUUGCGAGUAGCCCACACCGAAUUUUCGGUGCAGAAUCGCAACUUGCUGUGCCAGGUUGCCUGUCAAACAAUUAUCGUGAGAUGGUCAGCCCUCGGUCCGUGAGCUGCUCCCGCACUGUUUGGCCUCGACAGCGGGUGCGCGAUGGGGUCUGGCCAAGAUGUCACCCAAGACCACACCCUGCCAUUCGUUGUUUUCUCUUGAUUCUAUUUUCUUUUUUGAUUUCGCCCCCCAACAACUCCAUUCUCUCGACCGGCGGGAUAUCUCGACGUUGCCACCUCAACGCUCGCUCUCAGGGCAUGGUGCUGAGACAAGCCACCUCCUCGGCAUCUUCCCCAUGGCCCUGUCCAGCCUCAGCCUCCACAGGGCCGAGUCCCAGGCUGGAAUAGCCUUGCGUGCCCUGUCACCCCCUUUGUCUUGUCCAAGUGGAUAUCACCCCUCCAUCAUCUGUCUCCUCUAGGAACAGACUACGCUCAUUCUGUUGACCAACGUCCGGCUGCUCGUCUCGAUAUUCCCUUCCCGGCCUUCUUCUGCCGGCCGUUGUCUCCUGGCUUCAUAUCCUCGUUGCCCAGGCCCCAGUUCGCAUCUGGUGGCUUCGGUGUUUUGUCCAGGUUCCCCUUCUUUUCCAAUGGAGAAAGGAAUGUUCUGAACCCAAUCCCUGGUUCAACCCAUCCUUCCCUCAUCCUCACCCACGCCUCCUUAUGUUCCGUCAUCGAUGAACAGAUGUAACCCUACCCGACCCCCCCUGUCCAUCGCUGCCCACCCUGCCCCCCAUGAUCCUUGCUCGUCGUCCUCUGGGGCAAGCCAAGCAGAUUCUCGCACACCACCUGUCCUCGACAUCCACAGACACAGGUCAGGUUUGUAUCAGGAAAAUCCGGCUUAGCUCCUACCGACGUUCCGAGCUUGACCGUGCUGAGCUAUAGGCCCCUCCCCCUCCACCGUCCCCUCGGGCAGGCCUUCUUGGUUCAAGAGUACUUUUUUUUUCUCUCAUAUACCCCCAGGGUCCGUCGACGCCCCCGCCAUCCGGCCUUCUUUUUCCCUCUUUCCGCGUCGUCCCACCCCCCAAAAGUGUUCACACUGGUUCCUUCUCUUCCCUCUUCUCAGUCGCUCCUUUAACGAUUAUUUUUCGCACCCCCUUAUAUCGGCCUCUGGUCUAUAAUACCAAGAGCUGGCUCUCUUUCCCGCCUCCGGACGGACGCCAGUGUGAACCAACGGUUUGACGAGUUGCCUCUCCACCCAACUCACCACGCUCCUUAACCAGCACCCGACACCGCGAUCAGUCACUCCUUGUCUCGUAUUACUUUUCAUCAUCUUGACACACACCCGGCCCAACGCGAGGCUUUACAUUCUUUACCUGCUAUCUCCGAGAUCCAACUCGAAAGCAACCGUCCAGUCUAUUCACUCCUUCGUUACCGAUACAUACCCAAUCUGAAUACAACUCUCGAUUCGACACACCAACACCGACGCCAACGGCCACGACAACUGCUACUUAUCCUACAUUCUCCAUUUGGUUGACCCGACUCUAUCUCAUGCUCUGGACCGGGCCCUUAAGCGUGUUAUAGUUCCUAGUAAGUUGCAAAGGACGGCUUGUGAACAUCCCAUGAUACACAAGCGGGACCCCCUCGACUGCCAGGGUUCCUUCCGCUCGAGCAUUCAUGCUAACCUUUGGAUGGUUGGCUACUCUCAGCUUCCGGUAAAUCUUAGAUUAACCACACACUUUUCUAUUUUCCAAAUCAGAACCGUUUUGCUAUGGAUUCAUCCCAAUUACGGCAGCAAAUCCAAGUACCAGCGUUCAACUUCGAAAAUCCCGAGAACCAGUUUGGCAGAGAGAUCACAUCGCCCCAUCCUACACCUGUCGUCACCAUGAACGGUGGCACCAUGCCUCCAAAGACCGACGCGAUGACGGCACCGCAGGGAAUGUGGACAACACCGACAUCCCAGGGAAUGAGACCCAGGCCUGCGACUAUUCACGAAGGCUUCUCGUACUGCGUGGCGGAGCCGUACGAGGGUCUGCCAGCUUGGGACUCGUCAUCUUUGCAAAUGCAGCAGACACCUAGCGAUGGCAUGUCGUCGAGACCUAUCUCCAUGCACCAGGACUUCUAUCCGGCGACUACAUUGGAGAGCAAUUCGUGGCCGCAAAAGCCUUGCGAUGACCAUUUCGAGAUUCAUGGGUUGGAGCCCGAGAUGAACAUUGGGCAGGCUUACACCACUGACGAGGCGAAUCCCAUUAUUGACCUCAGGUAUCCUGGCCAACAGGUGGAAGGCGACUCGAACAACUUCGAGCAUGGGUUGAACCCUCGCAGAAUGUCUGGGUCGUCUUUUACCGUGUCCACGUCGGGCGGCAUGUCAGAAAUGCCUCCCUACGAGGAUUUCUCCACGACCCUCUCCGAAGCGCCUUCCUUCUCGUCUGAGUACCCGCCACCGUCCAACCGAAACUCGAUGAUUUCAUCUACGCAACUGUCUCCUGUCGCUUCCCCACGCAUGACACCUCAGAGCCGGUCAGAGUUGGUUAGAACUCAAAGCAGAGGGCGCGCAUCGCCUUCUCCACGACCUGGAGUUCGCGCGGCCCCUUACUCGGUGGAAAGCGCCAGGAACAAGAGGUGGUCGACUGGUUCAUACGGGACGGCGAAUCGGAGACCUUCCCCCUUUGUGUAUCACCCUCAUGACGUUUUCAACCAGCACAAUCGGAUGUCGUCUCGCCACUCGUCACCUACUAUCGGACACGGCCCCCUCCCCUUGAACUACGGCAACCUCCAGGCAGCGCAGCAGCACCCCUAUCUGAUGAGCAAUGCGCCGGCAUUCCAGAGAAACAGCAUGCUUCUGCCCACGCAACUUCCGUCUCAUGUCUUCCACCAUGACACGCAUCACCACCAUCCUCAUCAGUUUGAGAACGCGCCCCCCCUGCUCUCACAUGGACUAUUCCGCAUGCUUCAAAGCAAUGCCGACCCCCACUCUCUCCACAGCCACUACGCUGACCUUUCUGACCCCCCUGAUCUGUAUGCUUCUCUUCAGGAGGAGCAGAUUCCUCCACCGCCCGAAGAUAUGAACCCAUCCGACCCAGACUUGAUCCCCCACGAGCAAGAGCUGAGGUUUGAGGGUGACUUGUACACCCCAAGAUGGGUUCGCGGACAUGGUAACAAGCGGGAAGGAUGGUGCGGCAUUUGUAAGCCUGGAAGGUGGCUUGUCCUGAAGAACUCUGCUUUCUGGUACGACAAGAGCUUUACUCAUGGCAUCAGUGCCGCAACGGGUAGCCCAUUCCAGGAGCCUCAAGACACGAGGCGCAUGGAUGGUAACCCUGAUGUCUGGGAAGGACUGUGCGGCAGCUGCAACGAAUGGAUUGCAUUGGUGAGCAGCAAGAAAAAGGGAACGACCUGGUUUAGACAUGCCUACAAGUGCCACACGCACCCAAAGAUCAAGGACGCACCCAAGCGCAGAAGGGAGAGCAGCAAUACCCGUGCUCUGGCGGCCACCAACAUGGCAAAGCCGGCAACCAAUCCGUUGACGCCCCAAAUGACACCACAGGUGUCGACGACAAACACUCCUGCUCCCGCGCCCCUUCAGUCGCAGCCUCAGCACCAGACUCAACAGGCUCUGGAACAGGCUCUGGACCAGAGACAGACACCAACCCCAGUUCAAAGCCAACACCCGCCACAUGGUCCUCCUCCCCCGCCUCCUACGCAGCAGCAGCCUCAGGGCCAGCAGCCGCAUACUAUGCCGUCGAAGCAGCACCAACAAUACAAUCAGCAUCAGCAGAGCCAUCCUCCACCGCAGCCAGUCAUCCAGCUGCAGCCUCCGCCGGUCCGUCACUUCCACCGACACCUCCCACCUCACCUCCAGCUCCUCCCGACGUCAGCUCCUCCGCAGCCUCCCAGAACAGCCAUCAUGAGCCCCAUCCCUCCCAUGGCUCCCAUGGACGGCUUUGCGAACAUGAUCUAGACGUCACUGGCCGCUAGGUUUUCUUACUCACUAUCGCUAUGAAUGCCGUUAUGACCCUCGAUACCAAAAUUUGAUCAGAUCAUUAUUUCAUUUCUUUGCCAGAUGAUGAUGAUGAAAUCAUUUCUUUUUUUGGGUACAAUUUCACUACUUGGAGCAAGGUUAUAGACAGGCAUGGAGCAUGGCAUGAUUUUUCUCUCUCACUCUCUCUCUCUCUCUCUCAGGACGUAUGGUUGAAGUGGAUGCCGUUUUCUCUCUCUCUCUCUCUCUUUUUUCCCUUUUAUAAAGGGUUUAAUUUCUUCUUGGAUCAACUACUGUCUACCAACCAACCACAAGAAAAUCUCCUUCCUGUCUUUUUCUCUCACAUCCCCUCUCCACUCUUGGACGACCGCAACUUCAAUUCUUUGCACAUUAUUCGUUUUUUCUCCCUUUUUUUCUUUUGGCUUUUUUGAUUUCCUGUCUCUCCUUGUUUCGUAUGGCUGGUUCAUCCGUUUCUUGUUCUUUUUGGCUUUUUGAGGGUUUGAUAUUUUAAUCAGGAUAGUUUUUUGUCUUCUUUUGCAGAAGGUAGUAUAUGAUGGUGGGCAUGGAGAAAGUGUCCUUUUGAAACGUAGUUUAGAUACCCCUUUUUUGGAUGAAUGGUGGAAAAGAGGAGGAUUAUCACAUUGGGAUUUUGGUGUUGGAGGGGUGAUCGAUGAAAGGGGGGGAAGAGGAGGAAUCGGGGAGGGGAAGUGGUUGUUGCAUAGCAAUUGAUCUUUUUUUUCUUG